GCCUUUCUCUUUCAGGACAGAGCAGACAUUUAGUAACGAUGCCUGAAAUCAACACCAACAACCUCGAUAAACAGCAGGUUCAGCUCCUGGCAGAGAUGUGUAUUCUUAUUGAUGAAAAUGACAACAAAAUUGGGGCUGAGACCAAAAAGAAUUGUCACCUGAAUGAAAACAUUGAGAAAGGAUUAUUGCAUCGAGCUUUUAGUGUCUUCUUAUUCAACACCGAAAAUAAGCUCCUGCUACAGCAGAGAUCAGAUGCCAAAAUUACCUUUCCAGGUUGUUUUACCAAUACUUGUUGUAGUCAUCCCUUAAGUAACCCAGGAGAGAUUGAAGAAAAUGAUGCAAUUGGAGUAAGGCGAGCAGCACAGAGGCGUUUAAAGGCUGAAUUGGGAAUUCCCAUGGAACAGGUUCCUCCAGAAGAAAUUAAUUAUCUGACCCGAAUUCACUACAAGGCUCAGUCUGAUAGUAUCUGGGGAGAACAUGAAAUUGAUUACAUUUUGUUUGUGAGAAAGAACGUAACUUUGAAUCCUGACCCCAAUGAGAUUAAAAGCUAUUACUAUGUGUCAAAGGAAGAGGUGGAAGAAAUGCUGAAAAAGGCAGCCAGUGGUGAAAUUAAGCUAACUCCAUGGUUUCAAAGUGUUGCAGAGGCUUUUCUCUUUAAAUGGUGGGAUAACUUAAAUAAUUUGAAUCAGUUUGUUGACCAUGAGAAAAUACACAGAAUGUGAAUGUGGAGAUGAUUAGUAAAAUACUAAAAAAUUUCUCUGCUUAGUAAACUUAAAAAGAUUUUUUUUCUUAUUUGUAUCACCUACCCCACGUAUAUGCCCUGCUAUUUAUAAAAGACAUGUAUGAGAGAUUUUUUUAAAGAGCAAAUAAACUAAACCUGUCUAAACACACAGUCCUGACAAAUUUGAACAAAUAAGUGAAGCUCUUCAUUUUCGAUGUUCCGAGGUAAACAUUUUCAGAACACUGGCAGAGCAUUUUAUUUGCCAGGUGCUUUACAUAUCAUUAAAUUUUUAUCAUAGCCCAGAAAAAUGUGCAACAGAAACUGUUGCUUAGCUACUUCAGAACAGCCCAAAUUAACUUUCCAUAUUAGGAUAUUAAAUUAGGGGGAGUAGGUCCAAGGUAAUUAAGUGGUGUGUGUCCUGAUUUCUAUCAAAGUCUGUGUUCUCAGAAUUACAGGGGACAGAUAGGCUAUUUGUAAAAUGGAAAUUGGGUCAUACUCUACCACAGGGGUUCUUAUCACUGGCUCUUUUGACAUUUGGGCUGGACGAUUCUUUGUUGUGGGGUUCAUCCUAUGCAUUAAAAGACAUUUGGCAGCAUCCCUGGGUUCUACCCACUGAAUACCAUUGAUACCCAUCCCCCCAUCACAAUCACAGUGACUACAGGUGCCAAAUGUGUGGGAGGGCAAAGGUGCUCCCUUGAGAGCCACUGUUCUCCAAAGUCAUGGCAUAUUGGGAGGAACAGGGGAAACUGGGGAAUUAAAGAUUAAUCUUAGUAUUAAAUGGAAUUGGGGCAUGGAAUAUGUGUAUAUUAAUAUUUAAACUGUACCUGAUGCACCUUUUAAAACUUGCAUAGGUUUCUCAGUUUUGAAAUCUCAAGACAGCUUUAUUAUCCUUGAAUGCUAUGUAAUAAUAAUGAAAAAGAUAAUGUUUCUUACAAAUUAUUUUAUAAAUUCAAUAGAAGAAUCCAUUUCUUGUUAACUCUGAACAGUUAAUUCAUAAUUGCAGGAAAAUUGUCACAAGUAUUAAUUUUACUGAAAAGUAAAAACAAUUAAAAAUUACAUUUUAA